CAGUGGAAAAAGUGGCCAGAGUUGUUUGGUGUUGUCGCAAAAGAAGGAGCUGGAGUGUACAUCCUAUCAUACUUCAUGUAUAUCGUGUGGGCUCUCAUAUUUGCACUCCUGGCUGCCAUGCUUGUCAAAGUAUUUGCUCCUUAUGCAUGUGGAUCUGGUAUUCCGGAGAUAAAGACGAUAUUAAGUGGCUUCAUAAUAAGAGGCUACCUCGGCAAGUGGACGCUAAUUAUAAAAUCAAUUGGUAUGAUGUUUUCCGUGUCAGCUGGUCUAAGUCUCGGCAAGGAGGGACCCUUCGUGCACAUUGCUGGCUGCUGUGGCAAUAUCCUCUCUCAUCUAUUCCCCAAGUAUGAUAAGAAUGAAGCUAAGAAACGAGAAAUCCUCUCAGCUGCAGCUGCAGCAGGAGUCAGUGUGGCAUUCGGUGCUCCAAUUGGUGGUGUGCUCUUCAGUUUAGAAGAGGUAAGUUAUUACUUUCCAUUGAAGACUUUGUGGAGAUCUUUCUUUUGCGCACUGGCAGCUGCAUUCGUUCUUCGUUCCUUCAAUCCAUUCGGAAAUGAUCACUUGGUACUUUUCUACAUCGAGUACCACAACCCUUGGUACCUCAUCGAGCUGGCCGCGUUUAUUUUGCUCGGAGUAUUUGGAGGCAUUUGGGGAACGAUUUUCAUCCGCGCAAACAUCAAGUGGUGUCAUUACAGGAAGACUUCAAUACUGGGCAAAUACAAUAUAACUGAAGUGUUAGUUGUCACCUUGAUCACAGCCAUCAUUGCUUACCCCAACAAAUAUACUAGGAUGAACACCAGCGCUUUGAUCAAGAUGCUCGUGAGCAUGUGCAGACCUGAAGAUGAAACGGCUUUGUGCGAUUACAGACGAAACGUGACAGAUGUGAACACGGACAUCGUGAGUGCUCCUCUGGGGGACUACGCUGUGGAGGCCAUGUGGCAUCUUACACUCGCCCUCAUUUUCAAGAUGGUCGUCACGGUUUUCACGUUCGGAAUCAAAGUUCCAGCAGGAUUGUUCAUUCCAAGCAUGGCCAUUGGGGCAAUUGCCGGUCGAUUGGUCGGCAUGGGAGUCGAGCAGUUGGCUUUUGCGAACCAGGAUCACUAUAUAUUCAAAGAGAUGUGCACGAGCGGACACACAUGCGUCACUCCUGGCCUCUACGCCAUGGUCGGAGCUUGUGCAGCUCUUGGAGGAGUUACUAGGAUGACUGUGUCGCUGGUGGUUAUAAUGUUUGAGUUGACUGGUGGCUUGCAGUACAUCGUUCCACUAAUGGCAGCUGCGAUGACGGCAAAGUGGGUCGGCGACUCCCUGCACAAGGAGGGAAUAUACGAUGCACACAUUCACCUGAAUGGAUAUCCUUACCUGGAUUGCAAAGAAGAAUUCACGCACACAACACUUGCGCUUGAUGUCAUGAAACCAAGAGGACACGAUCAUCAUCUGUGCACGGUGACACAAGACUCCAUGACUGUUGGAGAUAUUGAAACAAUAUUGAGAGAUACGGACCACAAUGGCUUCCCAGUCAUUGUAUCUCGAGAAUCACAAUUUCUUGUUGGUUUUGUGCUGAGGAGAGAUCUCAUCAUUGCCAUUGGCAACGCUAGAAAGAUGAACGAAGGAAUUGUGAGCAAGUCGUUAGUUUACUUUUCCAACACUGUGGUCACUGGAAGCAAGUUGGGGGGGCCUGAACCCCUGAAGUUGAGGAAGAUUGUCGAUAUGGCGCCAGUAACCAUAACAGACCAGACACCCAUGGAAACAGUCAUUGAUAUGUUCAGGAAACUUGGUCUGAGACAAACAUUAGUCACUAGAAACGGUCGCUUGCUCGGCAUAAUAACAAAGAAAGACAUACUUCGCCACAUAGCCCAACUAGAGAACGAAGACCCUGCAUCUAUACUUUUCAAUUAA